AUUUGCAGCACCAAGUUUAGAUCUCUUAUAUGUAAUACGUUGAACGGACGGGAAAAUAAUUUUUCAGGGGCAGAAACGCAUCACCAGUGGGGCUUAAAGGGAAACUACUCUAAACAAGAUUUUCUUAAGAUGGCAGCUGUUUUUUAGAUCUAGAUCUAGAUCUAGACCUUCUAGUUGUUUUUGUGCAUCUCAAAUAUUCUCAAACGAUCAUCUUUGUUUAAAGUUAAUUUUGAGAACAUUUUAUUGAUAUCCCUUUUUAUGCCAAAUGGCCUACCCUGUGUUUGGUAAUGGAAAAGACAAUUUGAAUGUCCUUGAUAAAUUUCCAAGACCUUUUCUCAUUGGAGUAGCUGGUGGUACAGCUUCAGGAAAAAGCACAGUAUGUGCAAAGAUAAUGGAACAGCUGGGCCAACAAUCUGUAUUGGAACAUAACAGAAGAGUUACUAUCAUUAGCCAAGACAGCUUUUACCGUGACCUCACUCUUGAAGAACACAAAAAGGCUAAUAAAGGCGGUUAUAACUUUGAUCAUCCAGAUGCUUUUGAUUUUGAACUUAUGCACAAGACAUUAAUGGAUGUUAAGGCCGGCAAAAGAGUAGAGUUACCAACAUGGGAUUACGUAGCACAUAAGAGAAAUUCGGAAGGAACAACUGUAAUCCAUUGUGCUGAUGUAGUACUUUUUGAGGGUAUUUUAGUAUUCUACUUCCCAGAAAUAAGAGAUUUAUUCAAUAUGAGACUAUUUGUGGAUACAGAUCCUGAUACUCGAUUAUCAAGAAGAGUUUUACGGGACAUUGAAGAGAGGGGCAGAGAGCUUGAACAGAUUCUGAAUCAGUACAUGACUCUAGUCAAACCAGCCUUUGAGGAAUUCUGUCUUCCAACCAAGAAAUAUGCAGAUGUAAUAAUACCCAGAGGAGCAGAUAAUGUUGUGGCUAUUGAUUUGAUAGUUCAACAUAUUCAAGAACUUAUGCGUCCCAAUAGGACUAGUCGUAGACAGAGAAACAACUCUGAUUCACUUGUAGGAAGACCACAUUGAUACCUUAAAUAUAAAGAAACCUAUUUUGUAAAUAAUGAGCAAAGAUUUUAAUCUUUGUAAUAGAUCAGUAACAAUAUUAGUAUUUCUAGUUUUAAUAGGCACUUGCCAUCCCAAUGCAUCACCAUUAACUGUGUGAACUCGAUUAAUUUAAGUUAUAAUUGCUAGCUUUUAAAACAUGUAUUAACAGUAUUAGGUAACAAGUACUAGUUUUAGCUGUAUUUUUAAAGAUAUAAAAUUUAGUAUAGGCUAGAACUGGUUAGCCAAAAGAAAUAAUCUAAUCUCAAAUAAAUCAUUAUUUUUUAUGUAUACCACUAAUACUCUAUGUCAUUUGUUUUUUUUUUGUCUGAAUUCUAAUCAAAAUCAGUUUUUCAAUUUUAAAUCAGAUUAUAAGCUUAGUUAUACAUAUGAAUUGAGGAAGAUCUAUUAAAAGUUAUACAUAUGAAUUGAUAAAAGUUAUACAUAUGUAUUGAGGAAGAUCUAUUAAAAGUUAUACAUAUGAAUUGAGGAAGAUCUAUUAAAAGCUAUACAUAUGAAUUGAGGAAGAUCUAUUGAAAGUUCUACAUAUGAAUUGAGGAAGAUCUAUUAAAAACAGCAGGAAAGUCCACUUACUGACGUCACAUACCUGGGGUGAUACAACUUUGUGAUUUGUAUUUGAAAUAGGGGCUAUGUAGCUAUUUUGCAUUUAAUAAAGAUUUUAAAAAUGUUA